GAAGAAAAGCAGCACGAACCAAACAGCCUCUCCGUCCUUUCCGAAAAACGUAAGGCUUUGUUCGAACCAUUGGAUCCGGUGGGUAACACAAAUGGGAAACGUCCUUCGGCAGAAUCAUUGCUUCCACCUCCAGACUUUGAGUCUGCAAGUUAUCCAAAAGGUUGGCUGAUUGGGAAGAAACGGAAGCUCGUAAAUGUGGAUGUUGUUGAGAGCAUGCGCAGAAUCGCAGUACAAGAAAUGAACCGAAAGGACAGAGAAAUUGAUGGGCUGAACGAGCAGUUGGAAGAGGACGCGCGGUGCCUAGAGCACCUGCAGCUGCAGCUGUUGGACGAACGUAGCAAGCGUGCUGAUAUUGAGAGACAGAACGCGAUGCUGCAGAACCAAAUAGCAAUGCUUAUGGAUGUGUUGCAAGCGAACGAAGCAGUCGAAGAAGGAACAGAGGGGAACUAGACUUAUUUUGUUACUUCUAUUUCUAUAUGCCUUAUUCUUUUGUAUAUUUUCUGGUGUUGUAGGAAGUAUAUGUAUUGAAGAGGUUAUUUGGCAUAAUUGUGUUAGCCAAAUAACAAACAAGAAAUAGGAAAAUGCUGUUUAUAUUGCUGGCCCCUGGGAACCUUGUGCAAUGUUUGACAGCUUAUAAAUUGCAAUAUAUGAUCAUGUCUCCCUGGUGCACUACAUUUCAAUA